UUCUCAACGAUCUCGGUCGCCUCCUCUUCCCCUUCCGUUCCGUUGGUGUUUCUAUUCAAGAAUGCUAGACGAUUGACGCUAGAUUGCAGCGACCCUCGGAAUUACGGUUCCCGGUUGCGGGCAUGGAGGAACUCACCUCCGGCGACGCCGCAGCGGCGUCGCUGGCGCCGGAGCCGCGCGGACAGGCGGACGAGGAGAGGAGGUCACCGCAAGAGGCGGAUGCGUUCGAGGACGCGGUGGAAGAGGCGUCCACCACCUCCGCGUCGCCGGUGGCGUGCUGCGAUGGCGAUGGCGAGGCCGCCGCGGAGGCUUCGUCACAGUCAGCGUGGAAGUCGCAGGGCGACGGGCCGUCGGCCGCGGAGGAAGCGGAAACGUACGGGUCACCGUCGUCUUCGUCCUCGAGGUGUGCGGCGAUGGAAGGGGAGGAGUCUCCGUCGGUUUCUGAAUCGCGGCAGGAGCCAGGGAGAGUGCAUACUGGAAUCGCCGCGUCGCCGUCGGGGCAGCGCGCGGGAGGCGCGGAGGAGCACGAGAAUUCGAUGGCCACGCCGGGGGCAGGAUCGCCGUCCAGGGAGGAGACGGAGUCGUGUAUGCAUUCGGCGCCAUCGUCCCCGUCGCGCUCAGCCUCGUCGACGUCGUCUCCACCGCGCUCAGCCUCGUCGACGUCGUCUCCGCCGCUGUCGCAGAUCAAGCAGCAGUCGCGGCAUGUGCGAACCGGCAGCUUCCAGCGGUUCCGUGAGCAGAUGCAGCGCGCUUGGAAGUGGGGGCCAAUUGGAGGCGGAGGAGGUGCCGAGAGGAGCCCCAGGGACCUACGGACGACUUUGAACAUUGAGGCUAUGGCGAAUCAGAAGCGGCAGUGGUAUCAAGUCCGCUCCAAGUCCCAGGUAUGGAACGCACCUGUUUUGUCAACGGAUAAUUUGCAAUAUAGGGAACCAACAUCACUCUUUGAGCAUUUUUUCGUGGUUGGUCUCCACUCUUAUGCAAAUGUCGGAGUAAUUGAGGAUGCUUUUGCAAAAAAGAAAGCUUGGGAAUCUAAAGUAGCACGAUCAGAGAUAGUAGAUCGUAGAAAAAUCCGAUAUCAUGGACCUAUACCAUCUAUGGAACCCCAGAUUCUUUUCAAGUAUCCACCUGGAAAGGAAGCAGAAGUUAGGGAGGCUGAUUUGCCCUCAUUCUGUUUUCCUGAAGGUGUAAAGGCUCGCCUAAUAGAGAGGACUCCAUCCAUGAGUGACCUGAAUGAAGUGAUAUUUGGGCAGGAACAUCUGUCUCGAGAUGAUCUGUCAUUUAUCUUCUCCCUCAAGGUAUCAGACAAUGCGACACUGUAUGGUGUUUGUUUGCAUGUUCAGGAAAUAGUUCAAAAGGCACCUGGUAUACUAGGUGCAGUUUCACCCUUAAACCCUAAUUCCUAUAAGCCAAGUCGUUUCUUGGUUUCUGCACCACGUUGUUACUGUCUACUUACAAAGGUGCCGUUUUUUGAGCUACACUAUGAGAUGUUAAACAGCAUUAUUGCACAGGAGAGGCUUGACAGGAUAACGCAGUUUGCUAGUGAAAUUGCUCUGGCUGGGCCAGUUCCUCGUCCUGUGAAAGAACAAGAUGGAGUAGGCGGUGAUUUUGAUUCCUCAAAUGGGAUUCCGUACAUUGACUGGACAGAAUAUGCUGUACCUGUCAACAGUAUAUCAGGUCUCAUUUCUUCAUCAAGUGUUCCAUCAGAAAGGGACAUGUCUUCAUAUUUGUUCAGGAGCUGGGAACCUAAUUCUUCCCAAAGUAUAUCUGCUAGUGAGAUUUCAGAUUCUGGUUAUGUAAGAGAAGUUGAGAAGGAGGCAAGGCAUAGUUUCCAGCAUUAUGAAGACUGUAUAUCAGGGAACUUGGAACCACGUUGUGAUAGCUUUGGGAGAGCAAGUUACAUAUAUGACAAUGGGAAUACUUCCCCAGAUCUUCUGUCCAUGCAUUCUCCUACCUCUAGAAGAUUAAAGCGCGCACAAAGCGUGGAGUCUUUAGAAAGUUCAGUCAAAGGUGCCGCAUUAUAUGAAGAAUAUGAAGUAAAUGUGAAGCAUGAAAUGAUUGUUGAUGAUAAAAAAGUUAUAGGAUGGGCUAAGAUCAAUUCACAUUUGGCGGCUGCAGAAGAAGCUCUUGCAUUGUCGAUAUGGACUAUGGCUACAGUUUGCCGUUCUCUCUCUCUGGAAAGUGUGCUAGGAUUAUUUACUGGAGUUCUGCUGGAGAAGCAAAUUGUGGUAAUAUGCCCAAAUCUGGGUGUCCUGUCAGCAAUUGUUUUGUCAGUUAUACCGAUGAUAAGGCCGUUCCAGUGGCAAAGUCUGUUGCUUCCGGUUCUUCCGAUGAAAUUGAUUGAUUUUCUUGAUGCCCCUGUACCUUUCAUUGUCAAGGCAUGUUCAUUGCCUCAACUCCCACGUUACGAGGAGCUCGUUUCUAAUCUUGGUCCACUUCAUGCCAGACUAUCGUGUGAGAAUUCUUUGGCUAAGAGACAUCCCAUCUAUAAAUGCAAUGAAGUUCAGGCUGACGUAGCUUGGAAGUUCUUAAAUGUAAUCAGAACCUACUUGGAAUCACUUUGCUCUGACUUGCGCUUUCAUACCAUUACAGAUGUACAGUCAAACAAUGACAGGGUUUCUUUGCUUCUGAAAGACAGUUUCAUUGAUUCGUUCCCCUCAAAUGAUCGACCAUUUAUAAAGCGCUACGGCGGCAGCGAGGAGGCCCGCGUCAACCGCCACUCCGCGCUCGACAUAUUCUACGGCCUCGCGCUCGCCGAGGCGCUGCUGUUCCUCGUCGAGAAGGCGCUGUGGCAGUGGAGGGUGGACCACCACCGCCUGCUGGAGCGCGUCGCCACCGACUGCCACCUCGCCACCGACUGCGGCGCCGUCGCCGUCCGCCGCUUCUUCUACGACUCCUACUCCCGCUGCCUCAGCGGCAGCAUCUUCGACGGCCUGCACAUGGACCUCGUGUCCUACGCCGACGACCUGCUCACGGCGGGCUCGCACGACGAGCAGCGCCUGGGCGCCAGCAUCCUCGCGGCGCUCGUCGAGUCCGACCGCUUCGCCGACGCCACGCUUCGCAAGAUCGGCACGUCCGGGCCAACCAUCGAGCGCCUCAUCGAGAUGCUCAGCUGGAAGAACGCCUCCGAGAAGGACGUGCGACGCGCCGCCGCGGUCGUCGUGUUCAUGCUCACCAGAAGGAAGCUGAACGCGCUCCGCGUCACCGGAAUUCCAGGCGCCAUGGAGUCGGUGGCUUCCUUGCUCUACGCCGACCUCGACGAGCUCAACCUCCUCGGGCUGUCCAUCCUCAACAAGCUGGCGCGGGACCACGACAACUGCGACAAGAUCGGGAAGACCAGGGGCCUUCUCGACAGUAUCAUCUCCUACUCUGGCAUAGUAGCAAACGGGCCGGCGACAGACAUGCGCCUCAAGGCGGUGAAGCAGUCGCUCCGCGUUGUGAAAAGGCUGGCGAGCACGACGGGGAACACCGGAAAGCUGCUUCGGAGGGAGCUCUCUGGCAUUGUGUUCACCGUGAGCAACGUCAGGGAGGUGCUGCAGCAGCAGCACGACGACAAGGACGUGUCCGAGCUGCACCGCCUGGCGAUCGAGAUACUGACGAACCUCGCCAUGGACGAGGAGACGAGAGAGAUGAUCGGCGGCACGGGGGGUGUGGUCAGCACGCUGGUGGCCAUGUUCUUGCCGGAAAAGCAGGAGGCAGCGGCCGACCGGCACAAGGACGCGGUCCGGGUGGAGGCCGGCGAGGCUCUGGCGAUGCUGGCGCUUGACAGCCGCAGGAACUGCGGCGCGAUCAUCAUGGCGUUCGGCGGAGGUGUGGAGCGGCUCGUCGAGGCGCUGAGUGAUCCCGUCGUCGCCAUCAGCGCCGCAAGGAUCCUGCGCAACCUGUGCACCUACGCUGGGGACGAGUGGCAGCUUAUACUGAGAAGAGUCACCGCCGGCGCCACCAAGGUGCUGCGCAGUAUCACGGUGGACAAGACGAAGCUCCUCAACAUCUCCCUCGGCCUCGCGGCGCAGAUGCUCCGGUUCAUGCAGCCUGGGGAGCUCCGGGCGAGCCUCGCCACGGCGGGCGUCACGGACGCGGCGCUGGCGCGAACGCUGGUGCUGGUCCUGCGGGAGUACAGCCGCCCGUCCAUGGUGGUGCCGCGCAUCCGGCUGUACACGCUGGAGCUCGCCAUCGCGUUGAUGCGGUCGGACGCGCGCUUCGUGGCGCUCUUCGUGGAGCUCGGGAUGGAGGCCGAGCAGAGGCGCGUCGCGGAGACCACCUCCGGCCUCGAGUGCUUCAACGUGUUCUCGGGCAGCGUCGGGCUCAGCCGCCGCGCCGUCAGCGUCGGCUGUCUCGUCGACUCCGCCAUGGAGCUCAUGAGGCAGAAGGCCUGCACAUCACAGUCACAGAUACGCUGA